UGACAUUGAGAUGUCUUUGUGGUGUGUCUAUAAUUGGUGAAGUAAUAGUUAAUUUGUGUUACAUUCGUUCAAAAUGCGUACGAGAAGCAACUCCGGGGUUCGCCUGGACUAUUAUCACCGGCUUGUCCACAAAAUAAUCAUGUCGAAUCAAAAUCCAGUCACGGGGCUGUUUCCAGCAAGUUUGGAGAACAGCCACGCUUGGAUUCGUGACAACGUCUAUUGCAUCUUAGCCGUAUGGGGCCUUUCAAUGUCAUACAAAAAAAUGGCUGAUCAGGACGAAGACCGAGCUAAAACCUACGAACUGGAACAAUCCUGUGUGAAACUAAUGCGGGGCCUUUUAAUGGCAAUGAUGCAACAAAAGGAAAAAGUCGAGCGUUUCAAACAAACCCAAAACCCGCUUGACUCCUUACACGCGAAAUAUUCGUCCCAAACGGGAGAGAUAGUUGUAGGAGACAAUGAAUGGGGGCACUUGCAAAUCGACGCCAUUUCAUUGUAUUUGUUAAUUUUGGCGCAAAUGACGGCCUCGGGCCUCCAGAUCGUCUUUAAUCUAGACGAAGUUGCGUUUAUACAAAACUUGGUGUUUUAUAUUGAAUGCGCCUAUUGUACCCCUGAUUACGGGAUUUGGGAACGUGGGGACAAAACCAAUCACGGUUUACCAGAACUCAACGCGAGUUCCAUUGGGAUGGCCAAAGCUGCGCUCGAAGCCAUGAACGAAUUGGAUCUAUUUGGGGCCAGAGGGGGCCCUUACAGUAUAAUCCACGUCUUGGCCGAUGAGGCCCAAAAGUGUCAAGCUGUCUUACAAUCAAUGCUGCCGCGGGAAUCAAGCUCAAAGGAAAUAGACAGCGGAUUGUUGUCUGUUGUUAGCUUUCCUGCUUUUGCGGUAGAUGAUCCCGAUUUACUCCAAUACACUAAGGACCAAAUAAUUGAAAAGUUACAAGGGCGAUAUGGCUGUAAGCGGUUUCUAAGGGACGGCUACAAAACACCAAAAGAAGACCCUCGAAGGUUGUAUUACGAGCCUUGGGAGCUGCGCAUGUUUGAAAACAUCGAAUGCGAAUGGCCGUUAUUCUUUUGUUAUCUAAUCAUCGAAAAUUGCUUCAGGGGUAAUAAAGAGAGAGCAGCUGAAUACACCCAACAACUCGAAGAUAUUAUGAUACGAACUGAGGACGGUUUGAGAUUCGUCCCGGAGUUGUACUCAGUUCCGCAAGAACUCGUAGAAGCCGAGUAUAGGGAACCAGGUACUCAGAAAAGGGUGGCUUUGGGCCACUGUCCGUUUCUGUGGGCCCAGUCGCUUUACAUCGUUGGAAAAUUAUUGCAAGAGGGAUUUCUCGCUCCCGGCGAAUUGGAUCCUCUAAAUCGGCGUCUGUGUUCGGAGAAAAAGCCCGACGUGGUGGUCCAAGUGGUGAUUUUGGCCGAAGACAACGAAAUUAGGGAUAAACUCGCAGAGCAUGAUAUAAUGGUGCAGACUAUCAGCGAAGUGGCCCCUAUUGAAGUACAACCAGCUCGGGUUUUGUCACACUUAUACACUUAUCUCGGGAGAAAUAAGAAGUUGGGUCUAUCGGGUCGAAAAUCCCGCGACGUUGGGAUUCUCAGCACCAGUAAACUGUACUCAUUGGGGGAUAAAAUCUUCGCAUUCACGCCACAGUUUACGGACAUGUCUCACAAUUACAUUGCAACCGACUAUGAACUGAUGAUAGAUAUUUGCAAGAGUGAAAUAAAUUUCUUGAAGUCAAGUUGGCAGAAUAUGUUGGGCCGACCACUUGUAACAAUUGCGUGUCGGAAACUCCAUUUAGAUGAUGGAAGAAUCCCUCUAGCCAUGAUCACCACUAUGAAAAAACUCAAAUCGGGCUACAUUAACGGGACUAGAGUCACUCUAGGUCACCUCAACGACUUUCUCAGCACGAGUUGCAUCACCAAUUUAAGUUUUUUGGGGUGUCACGAAGACGGCUUACCCGAUAAAUUGAACCCCCAAGUGCAUCAAUACCUCGAGGAACACCUAGUGAAGUCCCUGUCGAGUAAAUCGUCGCUUCUGAAACAGACUCACGGCAGAAGCAGCAGGAAACAUUUGAGAAGGCGAAUGUCGGUCCGUGGCGCAAUCAAGAAAACUAGAUCAAUCAAUGUUGAUUCCGAGACUUUGGGAAUGGAAGGGAACUCAACCAUUGAACGUCGCGGUUCGAUGUUUCUCACAAACUGGCAAGACACCGUCGACAACGCCACUCAACUCGACCACGCCCGUUCUCCAUCACCGGAAAGCACCCCCCAAAUGGCUAAAGAUUUCCAGCGCAAAAACAUCCCCAAUAUAAACGUGACACGUCACAAAACCAACUCGGAGACGCAAUACGCCGACACCGAAGUCGAAGAACUGUUCGCAAUGCUGCGCGAGUCUGAAUCUCUCGACGAACAAGGAGACAUCCUCCAAUACCUCGUCGACUCAAAAGGGCUGGAUUUCCACACCGGAAUGCUGGAUUUCGGAAAACCGAUCACAGUUCGCGAUUUACUCAAAGGUUUGUAUGAGAAGGCCUGCCAGCAGAAGAUGUGGGGCUUGGUGAGGCACACUGCCGGUAUGUUGGGGAAACGAGUGGAGGAUUUGGCGAAAUCGGUGACCGAUUUGUUGGUCCGGCAGAAACAAAUAACGGUGGGGAUGCCCCCGCAUAACGAGCAUACGAUUACAGCCCCCUUGCCUGAAAGCGAACUGAGACUAUUGAUCCACGAUGCGUAUGGAGAGGACGACAGUACAGCCAUGUUGACGCAAGAAUUGUUAGUUUAUCUUGCCAUGUUCAUAAGAACAGAACCUCAAUUGUUUUUGGAAAUGUUGAGAUUGAGAGUAGGAUUGAUAAUUCAAGUUAUGGCAACUGAAUUAUCACGAACGCUCAUUUGUGACGGGGACGAAGCCUCGGAGCAUUUGCUUAAUUUAAGUCCAUUCGAAAUGAAAAAUUUGCUAUAUCAUAUAAUAAGUGGGAAGGAAUUUGCCAUCAGUAGCGUCGGUAGAGGAAACUUCUCGAUUGUCAGCAACAAAUCAAGUCGCAUUAGUAAAAAAAGUCAUUUCAGUUUAGGUCAAGACAGCAACGAUGAAAUGAUUGAGGGGGACCGUCAAGGUCAGUGGUUAAGGCGGCGUCGAUUGGAUGGGGCUUUAAAUAGGGUCCCUCGUGACUUCUACCCUCGAGUUUGGAGUGUCUUAGAAAGGUGUCAAGGUAUAGAUAUCGCCGGUAAAGUCUUGCCCCAAAGCCUGACGCAAGAAAUGACUUCCGGCGAGUUAAAAUUCGCCCUAGCGGUGGAAACUGUCUUAAAUACAAUUCCUCAACCCGAAUAUCGGCAAUUAAUAGUUGAAGCUUUAAUGGUUCUGACUUUGGUGGCGGAAUACAACAUAACGCCCUCUUUAGGAGGGGUAAUCCAAGUGGAGCAUUUGGUCCACAUCGCAAAUGAGUUAUUUUUGGACGAUCAGAUGAAAUGUGACGGUGACGCCACAUUGUGUUGUGCCAAACCCAAAGAAAUGAGGGAAACGUCCAAAACUGGAGGUUUAUUGUGUGGGGGCGCUGCAUACAUUUGCCAACAUUUUUACGACAGUGCUCCUAGCGGCUGUUAUGGAACUAUGACGUACAUGACGAGAGCGGUGGCUGUGACUUUGGAGUGUCUUCCAAAACAAAAAGAGCUUGAUUGCACCAUUAGUUAAAUGUAUAAUAUUUUAUUAUUGGAAGGUUUUGUUGUUUAAUAAAAAAAGUAGUUCUA